CUGUUUCCCCUACAUUUACACCUAACUACGAGCAAGAACAUACAGUGGCCCAUAAAAAGGAUCACAGCUGACAAGCUUUUUCCCCAAUUCAUUCCCUUUAAAAAUCCCUAUUUAUACCCCACAUUCCAACACCCCUUUCAACCAAUCUAUUCUCCUCUUCUCACCUUCACCGCUUCCUCUUCUAUUUGCAUUGUGGCAAAGGCUAUGGCUAAGUUUUUUGCUGUCUUCCUCUUGGCCCUCAUUGCCAGUUCAAUGCUCCAAACCCUGGUUAUGGCAUCGCAUGGUCAUGGAGGUCACCACUAUGACAAUCAAAAGCGCUAUGGGCCAGGGAGUCUCAAGAGCUACCAAUGCCCGUCACAAUGCUCGAGGAGGUGCAGCAAGACCCAAUACCACAAGCCUUGCAUGUUCUUCUGUCAGAAAUGCUGCAGAAAGUGCCUGUGUGUGCCUCCAGGGUAUUAUGGGAAUAAAGCUGUGUGCCCUUGCUACAACAACUGGAAGACCAAGGAGGGAGGACCCAAAUGCCCUUGAAGCCAAAUCUCUAGUUGCCCUUCCUAAGUCUUCCGUUUUGUUGUUACUAUAGUAAUGUGGUAUUGAAUUUAUAAUUAUCAGUGCCAUGGCACCAUUGUAAUACUUUUGCUAACUAUAUACUCUAGUGUUUUGUUCCGUAAGAUCUGGUUGGUUUUGUCAUUUUUAGUCACUCCUUGAGGUAGAUCUCUGAAAUGAGAGUGGCUAAUCUAUUUUAAGUAUAUUAUCAAUGAAUUUUAUGCUUCUAUUAA